AUGGCUUCUUUAUUUUUGUCUAACUACUGGUGCGUUGAUCGUAACCCGUUAACCCGGAAAAAGGGGCUAACCCGUUGGGUCCCCGCCCCCAACAAGCCAUUUUUGUUGAGUAUGAAAAUGAAGAUGUCAUUGAUUCGGCGAGGAUUCAGCACAAGCACUUCUGUCUCUGACAAUAUUGUUGCUUCCGUCCUCUUUGAAAGACUACCUGUCGUCAUUCCCAAAAUUGAUCCAACUUUUUAUGCUUUUCAAGAAUUCUCGAUUCGAUGGCGACAGCAAUAUCAACGCAGAUAUCCUGAUGAAUUUCUAGACAAAUCUGAUGCAAGGGGGAAAGGUGAUUAUCAGAUUGGCUAUGUGCCAGCACCACGAAUCACUGAAGCUGACAAAAACAAUGAUCAAAGGUGUACCUAGGGACUAAAAAGGAAUCAGAAUCUCUUGAAGAUAUAUAAGUAACUUGUGCAACAAGUAAGGAUAUUGGUAAAGCUUCAAGAGGUGCCCAGAUUCCCGGUGAGUCCUCACUAGGCAGGGACACGACACGUGGCUGAGGCAGUUGACAGAUCAGAUUUUGAGUGGCUGUAGGCUACUACCUUUUUUGGAGUGUUUGAUGUCUUUUAGUAUUUCCGCAUUUGAUGGAUCAUGAUAUUGAUCCUUUAUUUUGUAUAUGGCCUGUA